GCCGCCGCCCUCCUCUGGAGAGAGAGGCUGGAGUGAGGCUGUGCGAAGCGCCGCAUUUCAAUGAGGACGGGCCGAGGCACAUCCCUGCACUAGUGGCCGCAACCGAGACGCCGCGCUCCAGCAGCUGCUGCCGCCCAGCCCGGCCCCGCCGCCGCCCCCCAGCCCUGCAGCCCCGCAGCCCCGGCCGCGCCCAGCCCGGCGAGGACAGCACCAGGAGGCGGCCCCCAGCGCGGCCACAAAGACCCCCGGCGGCGUCUCUCCGCGGACCGGUCCUACUUGAAGUCCAUCAUGUCCUUCGGCAGAGACAUGGAGCUGGAGCACUUCGACGAGCGGGAUAAGGCGCAGAGAUACAGCCGAGGGUCGCGGGUGAACGGCCUGCCGAGCCCGACGCACAGCGCCCACUGCAGCUUCUACCGCACCCGCACGCUGCAGACGCUCAGCUCCGAGAAGAAGGCCAAGAAAGUUCGUUUCUAUCGAAACGGAGAUCGAUACUUCAAAGGGAUUGUGUAUGCCAUCUCCCCAGACCGGUUCCGAUCUUUUGAGGCCCUGCUGGCUGAUUUGACCCGAACUCUGUCGGAUAACGUGAAUUUGCCCCAGGGAGUGAGAACAAUCUACACCAUUGAUGGGCUCAAGAAGAUUUCCAGCCUGGACCAACUGGUGGAAGGAGAGAGUUAUGUAUGUGGCUCCAUAGAGCCCUUCAAGAAACUGGAGUACACCAAGAAUGUGAACCCCAACUGGUCGGUGAACGUCAAGACCACCUCGGCUUCUCGGGCAGUGUCUUCACUGGCCACUGCUAAAGGAAGCCCUUCAGAGGUGCGAGAGAAUAAGGAUUUCAUUCGGCCCAAGCUGGUCACCAUCAUCAGAAGUGGCGUGAAGCCGCGGAAAGCUGUCAGGAUUCUGCUGAACAAGAAAACGGCUCAUUCCUUUGAGCAGGUCCUCACCGAUAUCACCGAUGCCAUCAAGCUGGACUCGGGAGUGGUGAAACGCCUGUACACGUUGGAUGGGAAACAGGUGAUGUGCCUUCAGGACUUUUUUGGUGAUGAUGACAUUUUUAUUGCAUGUGGACCGGAGAAGUUCCGUUACCAGGAUGAUUUCUUGCUAGAUGAAAGUGAAUGUCGAGUGGUGAAGUCCACUUCUUACACCAAAAUAGCUUCAUCAUCCCGCAGGAGCACCACCAAGAGCCCAGGACCGUCCAGGCGUAGCAAGUCCCCUGCCUCCACCAGCUCAGUUAAUGGAACCCCUGGUAGUCAGCUCUCUACUCCGCGCUCAGGCAAGUCGCCAAGCCCAUCACCCACCAGCCCAGGAAGCCUGCGGAAGCAGAGGAGCUCUCAGCAUGGCGGCUCCUCUACGUCACUUGCGUCCACCAAAGUCUGCAGCUCGAUGGAUGAGAACGACGGCCCUGGAGAAGAAGUGUCGGAGGAAGGCUUCCAGAUUCCAGCUACAAUAACAGAACGAUAUAAAGUCGGAAGAACAAUAGGAGAUGGAAAUUUUGCUGUUGUCAAGGAAUGUGUAGAAAGAUCGACUGCUAGAGAGUAUGCUCUGAAAAUUAUCAAGAAAAGCAAAUGUCGAGGCAAAGAGCACAUGAUCCAGAAUGAAGUGUCUAUUUUAAGAAGAGUGAAGCAUCCCAAUAUCGUUCUUCUGAUUGAGGAGAUGGAUGUGCCAACUGAACUGUAUCUUGUCAUGGAAUUAGUAAAGGGGGGAGACCUUUUUGAUGCCAUUACUUCCACUAACAAAUACACCGAGAGAGACGCCAGUGGGAUGCUGUACAACCUAGCCAGCGCCAUCAAAUACCUGCAUAGCCUGAACAUCGUCCACCGUGAUAUCAAGCCAGAGAACCUGCUGGUGUAUGAGCACCAAGAUGGCAGCAAAUCACUGAAGCUGGGUGACUUUGGACUGGCCACCAUUGUAGACGGCCCCCUGUACACAGUCUGUGGCACCCCAACAUACGUGGCUCCAGAAAUCAUUGCGGAGACUGGAUACGGCCUCAAGGUGGACAUCUGGGCGGCAGGUGUAAUCACUUAUAUCCUGCUGUGUGGUUUCCCUCCAUUCCGUGGAAGUGGUGAUGACCAGGAGGUGCUUUUUGAUCAGAUUUUGAUGGGGCAGGUGGACUUUCCUUCUCCAUACUGGGAUAAUGUUUCCGAUUCUGCAAAGGAGCUCAUUACCAUGAUGCUGUUGGUCGAUGUAGAUCAGCGAUUUUCUGCUGUUCAAGUACUUGAGCAUCCCUGGGUUAAUGAUGAUGGCCUCCCAGAAAAUGAACAUCAGCUGUCAGUAGCUGGAAAGAUAAAGAAGCAUUUCAACACAGGCCCCAAGCCGAAUAGCACAGCAGCUGGAGUUUCUGUCAUAGCACUGGACCACGGGUUUACCAUCAAGAGAUCAGGGUCUUUGGACUACUACCAGCAACCAGGAAUGUAUUGGAUAAGACCACCGCUCUUGAUAAGGAGAGGCAGGUUUUCCGACGAAGACGCAACCAGGAUGUGAGGAGCCGGUACAAGGCGCAGCCAGCUCCUCCCGAACUCAACUCGGAAUCGGAAGACUACUCCCCAAGCUCCUCCGAGACUGUUCGCUCCCCUAACUCGCCCUUUUAAUAAGACCCUUUUACUCAAAGUCCUAGCUUAACCCUUUGAGACUCUGAGAUUUUUUUUCCCCCAAAUUUGUGUAAAACAGUUUCAUCUGAUCUAUCUAGCGCUCAAUGCUUGAAUGGCAGAACUGAAAGUGUUUUCAGGUAUCUUUGUAGCGGUUUCCCUUUACUGAAUGAGAUGACACGUGGUGAUUGUGAAGAUGGUAAUUUGCUGCUAAUAGAGUCCUCAAAGGGUUAAGGCCAAUUUGCAAUUUUUUUUAAAACUUAGAAGCAAUGAAUGUUUUCAUCAGUCAAGCUAGGAUCUGCAGUAUAUAAUAUAGCACUUGUUAACCCUCUGAGUGCAUAGAAUUUUAUUGAGAAUUCUUGUUGGGGAAUUUUUCAGGCCUUUGGAUGUAUACACACAUGUUUCUUGAUUUUACUGCAGAUCAAGGGGUGUUGUUAGAUGCUGAAAUGUCCAGAAAAGAAGGACAUUUAGAAUGAUAUCUUGUUUGUCCUUUUCUGUGGGUUUAGAACGUGGCAGGUUUAUAACUUCGACACACGCACGGUUCUUUCUUCUUCACAAUCCUAUUCAGAAACAGAUUUUUUUUUUCAUUAGAGAUAUGACUGUCAGUUGCAGUGAGUUCUGCAUCCCAAGUGGAGGGAAUUGGGUUUGUGGCAAAGAGCUUGACCCAGGAAAUAGAUGGUGCCCCCCAAAUUGUCUCCACAUGAAGAUGUACUGAUGACGCCCCAGAAAUGCUGCUUCCAUAUCAGCUGCUGCUAGCGCCAGCGCAGACUCUCAGGGAGUCACCACAGCUUGUCUUGUGCUUGGUGAGUGAGGGUCUCUCUACUCAGUGUCAGACAUCUACAGGAAAGAAACAACUGGUGGAAAAGAGCAAUAAAUUGCCCGGUGCUCUGCAGGGCUGGAAUUUCAAACAGAAAGAGGGAAUAAGAUCCUGUGAUUUUUCUCACCUGCUUUUCCACGCACUGUGGUCAUCACUGUGCAAUCUACGUCUAGUAUGAAAUCCACACAUAGGAGAGCUGGGGCACAAGGGGACUGGAGGCAGGUGCUUUGCAAGAUGGCUGAGGAGAAAGCACACUGGGAACACAAUCCAGAAUGUUCUCACAAUAAGUUUUCAGUGAAUAAACCACUGGCAAGACAAUUCCAUGUGCACCUUUAGGUUACCUAUAUAGUCUCCUAGGAAGAUCAGGAUGAAAGACCUAGAUGAUACCCCUGAGGAUAAAACCUCCAUCCCCUAAAAUGAUUUUUUUUAAAUACCACUGUCUUUAGCUGUCCAGGAGGUCAUAGUGUUUUUUCUGUCUUUGGGCCAAGUCCUGUCUGAGACCUGUAUUUUCACUCUUGUUACCAAAUCUAUCUCCCUGGUGCAGUGUCUCCAGGCCUGAGUUUCUUCUGGAACAGAUUCCGUUUUAUAAUGGGGAUUUGCAGGUUCUGUGCAUCACCACAGUGCUCAGAGAGGAUUCUCCUGGGGUGUCUUAGAGGCAGGUGCCCAACUCAAAUGUGUUCCCAAGGUUUGCUGGGCUCUGGGAUCCACGAGACAACCAGAGAGGGAUAUCUCAUGAAAUUUGCAUCUGGUGGCUGAACAGUACCUAUGUUCUCUGUUUUGAAUAUACUUUAAUACCUGAGAGUCUUAAAAUUUGUGAACAACGUUUCUAUAGUCCUUUAUUUUCAAAUGCACAUUGAUCUUCACUUGCUGCAUUUUUACUCUUCAACCCUGAAACUAUGGUCUACAUUAAUAUGGAUUUUUAAAUCACAUGUCAUUACUUUUGCAACACCAUCACCAAAAUUUUUUGCUCUUUUACAUUUAGGUUCAUCUCUGUGGUCUGUGUUGUCCUGACAUGUAAAAAGCAUAUCGUUUAUUGAGGUUUUCCCCCCCCCUUUUAGAGCAUCUGGAAGUGAUAACACGCAAAAUCACAAAGUAGCAUAAAUCAGUAAAUUAGUUGAGUUGUUUUUGGGGGGGAGGUGGGGGUGGGGGGCACAGAACACCAGAAAGAAUGUUGGUGUGUAGGUAUAUUCCAUAUUAAUGAGGAACACUGAACUAGUUGGAAAUUACUGCUUUCUCUAGAAAUAUAAAGCAAAGCACUAUUCCAAGGCUAUGGAGUAGUUCUACAGCCUGGCCUCAACUCUAAAAGUGUGAAGAAUGCAAUGGGCAGAGACCUACCUGCAGUGGACUGUCAUUUUCCUUUCUUUCUCUGAAUUACUGCUUUUUCUGUGGGCAUUAACUAUAUUGCUACAGCAUCUAGUGUACUGAGCCUGCGGUGCAUGGCUCAGGCCUUUUCCCAUCGACGUCUAGGGGGACUCUGGACCGUGUGAAGCUAGGGAGUGUUUCUCAGCACACUGCAGAAGGGCAGCUCAGAAGAAUGCAGGGCCCAUUCAGCAUGGGGAUCCCAGCACAUCGCUGUAGAAUUUGAGUGAUCUAUGCUGAAUAAACAGUGAAAUGUGACCAGUCAAGUAGAAAUCUUGAGUAAUCAGAUGGAAUGCAAUCUUUCUAACAUUAAGCUACCAAGAUCCUGAAUGUCAGAGAUGUACUCAGAGGGUUAACAGACAAGCACAAGGCAUGCUGACUACAUUGGUGUAUCCAGAUUGCUUUGCUUUUAGCCAGUGCUUUCUAAUUUUUUUCUCGACAUUCUUGGGAUAGUUCAAGUUUGAAAUAAUUAAGUGGUGGUGUUCUUUAAGGAAUUUCUAUAAUCAAAUUGAUCUUAUUUUUGAUUUCACUUAUCAUAGAACAAAUAUGUAUCAUUAUGGCAGUGUAUCUAUGUAAUUAUCAAUUUAAUCAUCACCACAAGUGUUUCCAUAUUUUUUCCCAAGUAUUUAAUAUAGCUCUCUUAUGGUGGUGGCCUGGUGAUGGGGACCAUCUUUCUUUUACUGACACAUGACCAAUCAUACGGUAUUUUCAAGGGAAUUUUAAGAUUCAUCUUUUCAGUUUGAUAGUAGACUAGUUAAGGAAGAACUUUUUCAUUACUUGCAUCGUGUAAAUCAUCUCUGUAGACAUGUGUUCAUAUUAAUGAACACAUUUUUUCUCAACAUUGUAGCAGAAAUCAUUUUAUUCGUCAUGAUCAAUGAAUAUGUGAUUUGCUCCAUCCAGAUCGUUAGAAGGAAAAGUAAGAUUUCAGUCAUCAAAAAUGUUUUUACCGUAGCCCUCAUCUAACUUACACGUGGUGCAUAUUAAAAUAAGCAGAGAAAAAAAAUGUGAAUAAACUACUGAAAACA